AUGAAACAAUAGUUAAGCUUAUUAAACUUGACUAACAAUUAACCUAACACUAAAGCUAGUAUUAUCAACAGAACCUAAGAUUUAAAAAAGAAGAUGAGUAGUUUUGAUGUGUUAGGGAAAAGUCCGUAUAAAAGCAACUUCAAUCGAUAAAAUUCAAGACAUCUUCUUAAAGAAUAUCAACCUAUAACAACUAGAGUUAAUUAGAGAUAAAGUAUUAAAUCACCUCCUGAAUCAACAAAGAGCAGCAAACCUAUCAGUAUCAGCAAUAACAGUAUAAAUUUAUAUUUAUAUNAAGUGAAUUAUUAUAUCUUCAUCGCACCCAAAUCCUGGAGUAUCCAUUAAAUAAAAUCCUUUUCCAAAGAAUGA